CUCGGCCCUUCCGCCCGCUCCCCGGCAUGGCCGGGCGCUGAGGGGCGCCGCGCCGCCCCGCCUCGGCUCUGCCCGCUUCUGCCCCGCCGCGGGGCUCGGCUCUGCCCGGCUUCACGCCAAUGGUCCAGAGCGACAUGGCCAAAUCGCCUCCCAGCCCGGCGCAGGAGGUGCCGAUGGAGCUCCUGGACAACCCCCUGCCCGCGGCGGCAGCGCAGUCUUAUGGUAAAGGGGCAAGAAGAAAAAAUCGGUUUAAAGGAUCAGAUGGGAGUACAUCUUCUGACACUACCUCUAAUAGUUUUGUACGCCAGGGCUCGGCGGACUCCUACACCAGCCGUCCAUCUGACUCCGAUGUAUCUCUGGAAGAAGACAGGGAAGCAGUGCGGAGAGAGGCAGAGCGACAGGCCCAGGCACAGUUGGAAAAAGCAAAGACAAAACCUGUUGCAUUUGCAGUUCGGACAAAUGUUGGUUAUAGUGCAGCUCAUGAUGAUGAUGUUCCAGUCCCAGGCAUGGCCAUCUCAUUUGAAGCUAAAGAUUUUCUUCACGUUAAAGAAAAAUUUAACAAUGACUGGUGGAUAGGACGGUUGGUAAAAGAAGGCUGUGAAAUAGGAUUCAUACCAAGCCCAGUCAAACUAGAAAACAUGAGGCUGCAGCAUGAACAGAAGGCAAAGCAAGGGAAAUUCUACUCCAGUAAAUCAGGAGGAAACUCUUCAUCCAGUCUGGGUGACAUAGUUCCUAGCUCCAGAAAAUCGACGCCUCCAUCAUCUGCUAUAGACAUAGAUGCCACUGGCUUAGAUGCAGAAGAAAAUGAUAUUCCAGCAAACCAUCGCUCCCCCAAACCCAGUGCAAACAGUGUAACAUCACCCCACUCCAAAGAGAAAAGAAUGCCCUUCUUUAAGAAGACAGAGCACAUCCCUCCCUAUGAUGUAGUGCCUUCUAUGCGACCUGUAGUUUUAGUGGGACCUUCUUUGAAGGGAUAUGAGGUAACAGAUAUGAUGCAAAAAGCAUUAUUUGAUUUUUUAAAACAUAGAUUUGAAGGGCGUAUAUCAAUUACACGAGUCACAGCAGACAUCUCGCUUGCCAAACGCUCAGUAUUAAACAACCCCAGUAAGCAUGCGAUAAUAGAGCGAUCCAACACAAGAUCAAGCUUAGCUGAAGUUCAGAGUGAAAUUGAACGGAUUUUUGAAUUAGCAAGGACACUGCAGUUGGUAGUGCUCGAUGCUGACACCAUAAAUCACCCAGCACAACUGAGCAAAACCUCUCUGGCACCCAUUAUAGUAUACGUAAAGAUUUCUUCUCCUAAGGUUUUACAGAGGUUAAUAAAAUCUCGAGGGAAAUCUCAGGCCAAACAUCUUAAUGUUCAGAUGGUGGCAGCUGAUAAACUGGCACAGUGUCCUCCUGAAAUGUUCGAUGUAAUUCUUGAUGAGAACCAGCUGGAAGAUGCUUGUGAGCACCUUGCUGACUAUCUGGAAGCCUACUGGAAGGCCACACAUCCACCUAGCAGCAAUCCUCCUAACCAGCUUCUUACUCGGACACUUGCAACAGCCACUCUUCCUAUAAGCCCAGGUCCAAAUAUUAACUUACAGGAGCUUUGAAUCUGAGGAAUGCUAGAGGUCCCAGUGAGCUCCAGUCUUCUUGUGUUUGUGUGGUACAAAACAACCUGUAGCAUUUCUGUUCAAAUGGACUGAAAAGAUAAAACUAAUGAAUGAGAAGGAAAGGUAGGAAGAUAAAACAGUUGAGCUGUACAUAGAGAAUCUUAUCAACCCUAGCUCUGUAUUUUUCCAAAGGAUUUCAGUAUAUGGAAGGAAUGGGAACAUUUGCAUGUAUAUGUCUGGUGUUAACCGUUUUUUGUCUAUCUUCUCAAAUGAAUAGAGAGGCUCACAUCUAUCAGUUGUUUGGUGUCACAGACACUGCGGAAGAAAGAAUUCUUGAAGAGGGACUGGGAGGAGGUGGGAGUGGCAGUCUCCAGGCCUCUUAAGGGACAGGACAGUAGGGAUGGAUAAGCAGAAGGAUUUAUACACAGAAGUGUUAAGAGUUGGAAGAAACUGUUCUGAAAUAGAUUCAUAAAAUUUAUCUACCACCUAGAAAGAUGAAUUUAUAGAUGCCAAGAAGCCUUGUCUAGAAUGCUACUGAAUUCACAUAGUGUUUGGCAUCAGGAAUCUAGAAUUUGAGAAGCCUUUGAGAAGCCUUUGAGAAUUUAUUCUUCUCAAGGCAUAAAAUAUGAAGGGUACCUUCUAAAGACUUGGCCCCAGUUAGUUAAGGCUGGUCUUAAAGCUACAGGAAUUGAUUGGAGGGCUUAUUUUCACAUAUGUAGAAUAUGUAGAAUGAUGCCCUUACUAUAAAUGGAGAGUAAGGAGAGUCAGUCCUCCUCAUCAAACCCUGAAUCAACGUGGAGAACUGUUUUCACUUUUCCUUGCAUGGUUGCUCAUCAAGAUCCUUUGCAUUCUCUAUGUGCAGCUCCUGCUCAGUUCUCAUGCCCCGCCAUACUUAAUCUUCCCUACAAAAUCAUUAGCCAUUGCCAUUUUUAAGCUCUGUUGGGUUGUAAAGUCAUGUUGGUGUUCUGUGACAACUGCUUAGGAUGGUCCAUUAUCAUUCCCUUACCUGGAAUGCAGUGACCGGUCUGAUUGAUUUAAUCAGGGUCUGUCCUGAGAAAAAAGGUUACAGUACCUAAAGUACCUCCUGUGGUAGCUGCUGAAGCCUCCUCCAGAGGUGUUUUUGUUUCUGGAUACAUUUGACCUCUGAUCAAGCUGUUUCCCAAAUGGUCAUUCUGAUAAAUCUCUUUUAUGUUCCUGCAGUUUUGACUUAAAUUCUAUUCCCUCCAUGACAAUAAAGCACACUGCAAACAACUGUUACACAGUCUAAAGGAAGAACAGAGAAUAUUGUUACAUUCUUUUUCAGAGUGUAACAUAGUAUUUCUGUUGUGCAUUUACUUACAUUUCUUACUUUACUGCAGAUUGUUUACCAAAAUUUUAGUUGUUCAUUCAUCUUUAAAAUACAUGGAUCACAUUUUAUUUCAGAUGUUUUUAAUCAGAUGUUAUCAGUUAAAUUUACUGUUUGGCAAUUUGUCUAUAAUUUAUUUCCCCCCCCCUUUUUUUUUUUUUUUUUUUUUUUUUUUUUUUUUUUUUUUGUGAAACAAGCCGUGACAAAUAUCAUCUCACAGUGAUUUUAUAGACAGUUUCUUCUUAUAGCUUACUACUCUAGAGAUGUGUUCCUAUGCAGCCCCCAAAAGAGAUUUAUAUCAGAUAUAAUAGAAAUCCAGCUGGUUCUUCUAACUUAUCUGUCUCCUCCUUACUUGAUUCUUGCCACUUAUUGUAUCAAAGUGGAUUUGCUCAUAAUUUUUCAGUAGUGAACAAGAAACUGUAAAAAAGAAGGCUAUUUGUAUUUUAAAUUGCCUACUCCAAAUCAUUUCUUGUCAAAUGCCAUGACUAGCCUGUUUCCCCCAGUCUAAAAGUUGGUGGGCUUCUAUCACAAGUCAAAAGGAAGAAGCUGUGGAAUAAUGUCAUACAAUACUAGGCUGCUGUUUUAAUAUUUUUUAUAUUGAUGGAGAUAAAUAUUUAGAUUUGGCACUAUUACUAAUCACUAUUUCUACAAAUAGGGAAAGGUACUUUUCAGAUUCUGGCUUUUUUUUUUUUUUUAAUAUAUAUAGACAGGAUCUGAUUGUAUAUCUAAUCUAUAUAUAUAUAAAUAAAUAUAUAUAUAUAUAUA